UCAUGUGAAUGGACUCCAGUGCCCCGUGACACGCAGAGAAGAAGUCCCUGCACUUCUUCUGAAAACGCAGCCUGCACAGGAACCUCGGCUCCCAGUAUGGUUGCGUUUUCCAGUGCGAGCAGCGUGCCAUUAGAACUAAAGGCACCCACCCACGGGUCCUCAUUCCUCUGUGCGGGUGGUGCGGAUGCACGGAUUUUAGUGUGGAUCCGCAGCUGUACCACCCCCACAGAUGUGAACCUAGCCUAAAGACACUUUCACACAGUCACAGAGAACCAAAAGCAUCAUUAUAACCCUCCAGCUGCUGGCAUCCUAACAACCAAUAACAUCAUUGG